AUGGUUUCUUUCAGGUUCCAUCAGUACCAGGUGGUUGGGAGAGCUCUGCCCACGGAAUCAGAUGAACACCCGAAGAUUUAUCGCAUGAAGCUUUGGGCUACCAAUGAAGUUCGCGCCAAGUCCAAGUUCUGGUAUUUCCUGAGGAAGCUGAAGAAGGUGAAGAAGAGCAAUGGUCAAAUCCUUGCUAUCAACGAGAUUUAUGAGAAGAAUCCAACCAAGAUUAAGAACUAUGGUAUAUGGUUGAGGUACCAGAGUAGAACUGGCUACCACAACAUGUACAAGGAGUUCCGCGACACCACUCUUAAUGGUGCUGUUGAUCUAAUGUACAAUGAGAUGGCUUCCCGUCACAGGGUUCGUUUCCCCUGCAUUCAGAUUAUCAAAACAGCCACCAUCCCGGCUAAGCUCUGCAAGAGGGAGAGCACCAAACAGUUCCACAACUCCAAGAUCAAGUUCCCAUUGGUUUUCAAGAAAAUCAGACCACCAACCAGGAAGCUCAAGACCACAUACAAGGCCAAGAAGCCCAACUUGUUUAUGUAA